CAUGUCACCGCCUCAUCCGAACAAACAGAAGGAGAACGACGGUAUUUCCGGUGAAUCGUGUUCGGUAAAGCGGAUUUAACGUGUACACGUGAAGCGUGUGUUUAAUAUCAUGAGCGCUAACAACAUGGCGGAUCCCCGGAGACACAAUAAGAUCUUCCGCUACAAGCCCCCUAGCAGUGAAUCUAAUCCCACUCUAGAAGAUCCGACUCCAGACUACAUGAACCUCCUGGGUAUGAUCUUCAGUAUGUGUGGACUCAUGCUCAAGUUGAAGUGGUGUGCGUGGAUCGCAGUCUACUGCUCUUUCAUCAGUUUUGCGAACUCCCGCAGCUCAGAGGACACUAAACAAAUGAUGAGCAGUUUUAUGCUCUCUAUAUCAGCAGUGGUGAUGUCAUACCUUCAGAACCCUCAGCCUAUGUCGCCACCAUGGUAACCAAGGUCAUGACCCCCUGGGGUAACGAGGAUCAAAUACAUAGAUUCUGUUUCAGAUCAUUCAACAAUCUCCUCCUUUUCUCUGUCUCUCCUGAUUGGCUGACUGCUGAUAACACUGUAGAUAGUGUGUGUGUGUGUGUGUGUGUGUGUGUGUGAGAACACUAAUAUAAAAUAAAGAGGAGUUUUUUAUUAAUUUAA